GAAUGACUCCUGUAUCAAACGCGUAUGUUGGACUGGCAGUGGGCCCAUGCAGGCUCGUGCGCGGUGUCUGUUUUCCAUCGACCGCAGGCGAGGGAGGUUGUGCCGUUUGCAAUCAUUUGUGUAACUGCUAAACCACAAGGGAUCAAUUUUGAGCUGAACACAUUUUUGUAUCAGAAUGUUAUGAUUAACGCUGUCGAAUGCUUUAGACAGAUCACAUAGACAUUUUGUUGCUUUUGCAAAAUGCCAAAGAGGAAGAGAUUCGUGGAGCAGCGAAGGUAAGGGCUAGAGAAGGCUCGAGAAGAAAAGAAAAGAAGAAGAAAUACAACACCACCCUCUAUAGAAGAAGAUGUGGUUGUAGCGGGGUCGAGUUCGCAGGCGUCACCGCAUGCCAACACCCCGCCCAGUUGCCUGGAUUCACUUCUUGGAGUAGAACACACCACAUUGAUGAGCAAAUACUUGAAGAAUCAAGAUGCCAAGAUGAAUGUGAAACCAAGAUUGAGGAUGAGAAACAAGAAACUCCAGAAAGAUCUCGUGUACGCUGCAGGCGGGUUCUGACGAGUCUUCAGGGGCGUUUUUCUCCAAACAUACGAGCUGAAACUGUGGCAUAAUCAUAUCAAUAUUAAGAUUUACAUACAAUAAAAUUUUCAUGUUGAUACAACUAUCCACUUCCCUGUGCCUUAAAGGCAGUUCAGUAUUUCCUCACACUCAUCCAUAUACAGGAUAGACAGCCCAACUUUGCAUUGCACCAGGUAUGACUAAUGAAGAACAACAGCAAAGUUACCAGAUGUAGUGACAGGAGUGACAGAAAGCACAAUGGGGCACACAAGUUUAUCUGAGAAAGUGCAACAUAAGCCUGUAGAGAUAAAAACAAGUUAUAGAAAACGGAACACAUUAGCGGAAACAGAAACAAACUAAAAAAAUUAUUACCGGUUACACUACUGCUACAACAACAACAACUACUACUACUACUACUACUACUACUACUACUACUACUACUACUACUACUACUGUUGCUGUUGCUGUUGCUGCUGCUUCUGCUGGCCGCCUGACUCAAGGCCUGCCAGCGUUAUCUAUAGCAUGAUAGCUGUUUUCAGGCUGUGGGAGGACGCCCUUAUCAGCUGUCCUGCAACCUUCAGUAGAAGUGAUUGAAGAGGUUACUCGGAAAAUGUGGUCAUAGCCUUGGCUUCACUGUAAAUAAACAAAAGGAUGACACGACACUUGCAGGAGGAAGAAGAGGAGGAAGUGGAAAACGAGGUGGUGGUGGUGGUGGUGGUGGUGGUUGACCUCCGUGAUGCUGAGCGGCGACUGGCCAGCGCCUCCCGCCACCACUCAGCGACUGUGCCCUGGCUGGUCUUGGCCAGGGUCUUUAAGGGAGGGCAUUUCAGGAGAUGACAUAGCAGUCUUUAACAGGCUGAACGAUUUACUACCCUCAGCCUUCCCCUCAGUCACGGCCUGUCAGGCCUCAUGUAGGUAAAUAUAUCCCUGUCACACUUAUGCUCAAACAGAGACAACAUUUUGGCGUUGGUAAAUCAUGUAUUUCCUACACAGCAUCUAAAAACACUAGGAAAAUUUUAUUCAGGUUAGACUCACCAAGCGUCAUUUCCUUGUUUUGUGCAUCCCAGACCUAGAUAUCUGGUGACGAGGCGAGAGUGAGGCGAGAGUCGUCACUGAGGUAAGAGCGAGCGACACGUCCAGAGUGCUGCAGGAAGCGUUCAUCAUCGUGGCUGUCGUUCAAAAAGUCUUCUAGGGACUCAUUGCUCAUAUUUACUGUUUUAACCCAGGAAACAAGACAAAAUAAAACACGUAAGGUGAAAGAAGAAUGAAACAAGAAUGAAGAAAUGAAGAAGGAAAUAAAAAGUAGAAAGAAUAAAUGAGGGAAGAUGAUAAACACAACAACAGGUAGCAAGAAGAGACGAGACGUGGCCACCGAGGAGAACAACAAAAUCCGGUGAGUCAUCACAACACUAACAAAGCUUGAGAUUAGCACAAGAUUACAAGAAGAGGUACUCAGGUGACCAUCACUGAAUUAGUAUACGAGGGAAGCAGAGGUCACCGGAAGCAGAUGAUGUGGACAACACGGACAGCCGGCACACCAUAGGAACCGCUGCCUCCUUGUUCCUGAUUAGAAGAUGCGAUUACCAAAGCUACUCGAGAAUGAACCUUAGUGAAAGUUAAGGGAAAAUAAACUGUAUGAUCGAAGUAUGGGAAGAAAAAUAUAGUUACUUGAAAAUGGAUCUUGCGGAAAGUAUAGGAAAAUGAACUGUAUGAUCAAAGUAUGAGGAAAUAAAUAUACUUACUCGAAAAUUUACCUUAUUGAAAGUUACAGGAAAAUGAACUAAAUGAUCGAAAUAUUGGAAAAUAAGUGUUAUAACAACGGAAGCCUUGUUGGGGCAAAAGGUUGCUAUAACAUAACGUGUAUAUUACAAGGUGUAGGAGACGGGAAUAGACAGAAACAGACAGAGAGACAAGCUAGACAGAGCUGUCAGACCAGAGAGGGUCAGGAUGGGCAUAAGGUGCCAGACAGUUGCAAUGCAGUCACAGUAAAAUGUUGGUGUUAUAUAUUGACAGAGAGGGAUUGGGUAGUGUGGGAUGUGUUUCUCAUUGAAUAUUAGCUGCCAGGUUUGUGUAGGAUGUGAUUUAUCAGUGAGUAUUAAAUAUGUGAAAUGAUUUGAAUCGGAAGUGUAAUGUGAAGUGUUCCAGAUAUUUAAUGGUAUUUAUCUGAAGAGAGAUGAAACUAUUUUCGUAGAUUUUCGUUGUUGUCGGAAGUCGUAUAUGAUCGUCUGAGUGUAAAUAUAUGUAAAUGACACAAAUUAGGUAAAAAUUAUAGAAACUUAAAGCGUUCCCUUGAACCCACAAAAGCCAGUCUUAUAGAUUAGGGACGCACCAACACCGCGCAACAUAGAAGCACGACUUUACAGCGUGGCGGCUCCAGUGACAGUGAUAUGUGUUGCAUCACUCACAACAGACAGGACAGUAUCUCAUCAAUAAGAGGACCACACCUCGGUGAGGAGCAUUUGUCCCAUCACGGAUCUGAGAGGAGCAAGGAGGCGGAGUGUGAUCAGCGUUGUGGCAGCAACACAGAGGCAGGCAACCUGAAGGAAGGCCAGCAACACAGAGGCAGGCAGCCAAAAGUAAGGCCAGCAACACAGAGGCAGGCAGCCUGAAGGAAGGCCAGCAACACAGAGGCAGGCAGCCUGAAGGAAGGCCAGCAACACAGAGGCAGGCAGCCUGAAGGAAGGCCAGCAACACAGAGGCAGGCAGCCUGAAGGAAGGCCAGCAACACAGAGGCAGGCAGCCUGAAGGAAGGGCAGCAACACAGAGGCAGGCAGCCUGAAGGAAGGCCAGCAACACAGAGGCAGGCAGCCUGAAGGAAGGCCAGCAACACAGAAGGCAGUUUGAGCCAUGGAUGACAACGUGGAGGACUGUCCAGUGUGCCUCAACACCUUUGACGACACCCUCAGGCGGCCACGCACUCUGCCCUGUGGCCAUGCAGUGUGCUCGCCGUGCAUUGACGGACUGAAGCAGCAGGGUGCCGUCACGUGCCCCACCUGCCGGGUGAGUCACGCCGUGCCCGAGGCGGGCCAGUUCCUCAUCUCCUAUAUUACGGAGGGCUUUAUCAGGAGACUGAGAAGACUGGCCUCUCUGCCAGCCGAGCCAGGGAAGCAGGCAGCCCCACCAGUGACACGGCCUGCACCAAAGGCGACAACGGGACUCAGCAAGAGGGCACAGUCCCUGCUGCAGGAGCAAGAGGCGAAGGUCCUGGCUGCCAUCCGCUCCUGCCAGGAGGAGCAGAGCCAGCUGGCCGAGUACCUGACAACCCUCGGUGGCUGGAGCAGUCGCCAGCAGCGGCUGCAAGACGAGCUGCAGACGCUGGUGGACCAGAGCAAGAGUGCCCGGGAGGCGGUGCGCCGCGAGGAGUUCCGGGUGGAGGGCAGGCAGGAGGAGGUGCAGCAGAAGGAGCAGCAGCUGCACGCCGCGCUACAGUCGCUGCGCACGGCCGCAACACGGCAGGAAGCUUACGAGGUCAUUGAGGACACAGACCUUCUGGUGGAGAAGGACAGUCAGACAGGGGAGUGUCUGGGAGUGUUUCCCGACGUUCACGCCGUCACCACCGUCACCAAGGUGGCACAGGCAUCGCGCGCAGCCCUGCAGGCUGCCACCACUGCCGCUGCUGCCACACAGGCAGCCCUGGAGGCAGUGGGCACUGCUGCUGCAGCCUCGGGGGACUCCAGCCUCCCAGCAGCCUUGGCCGAGGCCUCCUCCAUCGCGGAUAGGCUGCAGGCCCUACUGGCGCCCUCCCUGACGGCCGAGGACCUGCACAGCCUAACACAGCGUGCCAGGGGCCUGGUGGAGGCUGACCUUGUCUUCGCCGUCCACGACGUGGAGGGACAGACUCGGCACGCAAGGAUCAGCCUUGAAGACGGCAGCCUUUACCUCCACUCCCUGCAGGCCCAGGCCCUGCCGAACGUCACCGCCACCCUGCAGAUGGGGGAGGUGGUGCCGGCCGGCCCCCCCUGCGAGGUGUUCCUGGACCUGGCGUGGCCCGGCAGCGUGGCGCGGCGGGUGGUGGUGAGUCUACCCAAGGACACCCCCCUGGGCCGGCAGUUCAUGCUGCUGUGCUCGGGCCAGCGGGGCGCCUGCUACGCCAACACCAGGCUGUUUAAGGUGAUGAGUGAGGGACAGCCGGGGGAGUGGGUGAUGGGAGGAGACUACCUGACAGGUGAUGGGAGGGGAGGAGCCGCCCUGCUGCCUCACCUUGACCAGGGUGAGUACUGGAAGUCAGGCAAGGCGGGGGCUGUGUUGUGGCGGUGGCGUGAUGACCCUGCCCGUGGUGCUCAGUUCACCAUCGCCACCCGGGACAUUCAGCGUGAUCGUGUUUGGACUGGUGUCUUUGGCCAGGUGGUGCGGGGCCUGCAGGUGGUGCAGGAGGCAGCCCGGCACCGCCCCAUUACUGAGGUGACUGUGGUGCAGUGUGGCGUGGUGCUGUCACGGUAGUGCUGCACCACACCACACACCACACCACACCACACCACUACCAAUAUUAUUUUUUUUGUUAUUUUUUUUUAAGAGGAAAGAAGCAAACACACACACACACACACACACACACACACACACACACACACACACACACACACACACACACACACACACACACACACACACACACAUCACUGGUCCACACU